AAAGUUUCUGCUAUAAAUAGCUUUGCACUCUUUCAUUGUCUUCCACCUUUAUUUUCCAGCCUUUCUUUUUCUUAUAGUAAUCCAGAAAACUGCUCAAAGUAACUUCCCACAUUCUCCUAGAGAGAUCUGGUGUAAGGUCUGCGAACACUCUACCUCCCCUGACCCCACAUGUUUGAUUUCACUAGACCCUUUAACAAAAUGGAGCAUGAAGACAGCUACAAGGGAGUUUCAGAGCCAAAAUACGACUGCCUUCUUUUUGAUGUUGAUGAUACACUUUAUCCACUGAGCUCUGGUAUUUCAGCACAAUGCACGAAAAAUAUCAUUGAUUAUAUGAUUGAAAAGCUUGGCAUUGAUGAGACUAAAGUUCCAGAAAUGUGUAUAAGGUUAUAUAAGGAGUACGGAACAACCAUGGCUGGUCUCAGGGCCAUUGGUUACGACUUUGAUUAUGACGACUACCAUAGUUUUGUACAUGGGAGAUUACCUUAUGAACUUUUAAAGCAUGACCAUGUUCUGAGGAAUCUUUUGCAUAGCUUGCCUGUUCGGAAAGUUAUAUUUUCAAAUGCAAAUGAAGCCCAUGUGGCAAAAGUUCUUAGCAGGCUCGGAUUAGAGGACUGCUUUGAUGAUAUUGUAUGCUUUGAGACUGUGAAUCCUACCAACAACGGCAGUGUACAAGACAACAACAAUGGUGUAUCCCCUAGGUCUCUUAUUGUUUGCAAACCCUUUGAAGAAGCCUAUGAACAAGCCUUUAAAAUAGCCAAUAUUAACCCUCAGAAGACGCUGUUCUUUGAUGACUCUGUCCGUAACCUUCAGACUGCUAAGCUCACAGGCCUUCAUACUGUGUGGGUGGGUGCCUCCCAUAGAACAGAAGGCAUAGAUUAUGCACUAGAAAGCAUUCAUAACAUGAAGGAAGCAUUACCGGAGUUAUGGGAAGAUGUUAAACCAGACAUUCGCUAUUCGGAAAAGACUGCAAUUGAAGUGAGAGCUUAGUUGUGUAAUCUCACAAUAAAGACAACCACAUAGUUGUAGUUAUUUAUUUAUUGCUUUCUCUUUUUUCUUUUCUAGUUUCCUCUUUUGCCUGUUAACCUGAAUAACAAUUGUUACAUUGAUUUCACAGUCCCUAGCUGUAUUAUUAUUGCUUAGUGGAUGUGAAAUUUCUCAUGUGACUAGUUGUAAAAACUUCUCUUAGAAGUAAAUGUUGGCAUGUGAAGUCGAUGAUGACUGCUGAAACAAGUUUGAAUAUUAAGUAUUUGGUUGUGCCAUGACUUUUGGUGCAACCACCUUUCAUCUUCAA